GAGCUAGAACGGAUAUUUUUUAUUGAAUUUUGGAUAUAGAGUGAAAAUGGCUAAAUCAGUGAGAUCUCAUAGGAAAAAAGUAUAUAGAUCAUUAAGACGAAGGGUUAUAUUUGAGCCUAUUUACGCAGAUCGUGUAAAGAGGCUUUCUUCCCGGUUAAAAAAUCUUUUUUGUGAAAAUAUAAAAGAUAUGGAUGAAAUGAUGAUUGAUGAGGAUAAAAACAACAAUAUGAAUGAAGAUUUAAAAGAGGAUAUAGAUAUUGAUAUAGAUGAUACACAAAAGUCAUCUGAAAUACAGGAAGAUGAGGGGUAUUUGAAAGAAAAACAUGAAAGGAUUAGGUUGAAAAAAAAGAAACCUCGAAAAAUUAAAAAUCAUAGAAAAAAGAGGACAUUUGGUACAUGUUUUUCAGAUUUACGAAGAAAAAAGCGUUAAACUGGGAUGAAAAGAUCAUAUAUUGUUAGUAUUUUUAUAGUUUU